UCUCGAACUUGCCAGCUUUUCUCCAGAGAUCACCAGCAGCUCCUCAGCAUCCCCAAGCACACCAUCAACAGGAACCAGACUCAAAGCACAAGAGCCCAUCACCCGUAGCACCUCUAGUCACCAUGAAGUUCUUCGCCACCGCCGCCGUCCUCGUCUCGGCCAUCACGGCCGUGAACGCCUUCUGCUGCGGCGCCAGCAUCGGCCGCCAGUGCGCCGACGGCACGAAGGGCACGCCCUGCUGCGCGACGCAGUCGUGCAACAUCUUUUGCUGUGCCUGCGGCGGUCGCUGCCGCGGCUCGAGCAAGCGCUCGCUCCCGGACGCCUUCAGGCGCGACGCGGACGCCGCCUUCUCCCUGGCCGACACGGCUGGCGAGGGCAAGAUCGCGCUGCCGCAGUACUUGUCGUACAUGAAAGUCGACGCCGAGAACACCGAGACCUCGCAGGUCUGGAAGGAGUGGUUCGCCAAGCACGACAAGAACAACGACGGCUUCAUCACCGCCGAUGAGGUCAGCUCCGACUAA